CGCAAAGACUGUAGGCUCCACGCGCCCGUCAAUGUGAGCAGACAAGAUGGCGAUGGUGUGAGUGUCACUGGGAUAUGUGCCGUAUCGUAGUAUCAUAGCUUCAAGUUGUACAUCAUGCUGCCUGUGUCAUUGUACCAUUUAUAUUAACAACAAGAUGGAAACGGACAUGGUAGAAGUUGUGGGCCAGGCAUGUCACACAGCUCGCCUUGCUAAGAACUGCAAUGUGAAAUAAAGAUGGAUAAAUGUAAGCACGUUGGCCGGCUGCGCCUUUCCCAAGACCACUCGAGCCUAAACCCACAGAAAUGGCACUGCGUAGAUUGUAACACAACAGAGUCGGUUUGGGCCUGCUUGAGCUGCUCACAUGUUGCCUGUGGGCGCUACAUUGAAGAACAUGCUCUUAAGCACUUCCAGGAACAAAAGCACCCGGUAGCACUUGAGGUGAAUGAGCUUUAUGUGUUUUGCUACCUUUGUGAUGACUAUGUGCUUAAUGACAAUGCCACAGGUGACUUAAAACUUUUGCGCAGUACUUUGAGUGCCAUUAAGAGUCAGAAUUAUGAGUGCACCACCCGGAGUGGCCGUACACUACGCUCUAUGGCUGCUAGCGAUGACAUCUCGGCUGGCAGUGUACAAGAGCUGCUUCGUGAUGAGGACCGCAUGUUUACGGCACUUUGGCAUCGACGCCACUCCCAGUUGGGCCGUGUCUUUCGUUCAUGGUUUGAACUAACUGCAGGAGGUAGGCGACGAGCAGAGGAAGAAAGGCUCAGGGAGGAGGCAGAGAUGAAAAGAAAAGAGGCUAAGGAGAGAAGGCAGAACUUGAAAAGACAAAUGAAGGAAAUACUGGAAGGUGCUCCACCACGGAAAAGCCACCGUCUCAUGGAGCAAAACCAAAAGUGCACCCCCACAAAGAAUGUUCAAGCACCUGUGCGCAAAAGGACAUCCCGGGUGCCAGCACAGCAACGAAUACCUUUAAGGACUAGGACAAAUAAAACUUGCAAGGUAGUAAGAAAGAGCACGGCAAAAUCAAAACUUAAACUGAACACAGUCACAAUGCCUACCUCACCCAAAGCAAGUACAAUUAAGCAAGGAGACUCUCCAAUCAAACGGAGGCCUACAGUAACCCCUGGGGUGACAGGACUGCGAAACUUGGGGAAUACCUGCUAUAUGAACUCCAUUUUACAGGUGCUAAGUCACCUGCACAUCUUCCGCAAGUGCUUCCUGCAGCUUGACCUCAAUCAAGCCUUAGAGCACCUAUCUAACACUGCAAAUGGAAAUGCCCAGGCUCUCUGUAGUCUGAUUCAGCGCCAUGGCAAACGUGGGCUUGUUUCCUCAGUUAAUUCAAAGAAAACCUCUUCAGUGGGCCUUAGUGGUGGUGCAUUACGGAGCAGAAACAUGGAAUUAAUUCAGCCCAAGGAGCCUAGCUCCAAACAUAUCUCACUGUGCCAUGAGCUUCACACACUUUUCCAGGUAAUGUGGUCAGGGAAAUGGGCCUUGGUGUCUCCUUUUGCUAUGCUUCACUCUGUUUGGAAACUUAUUCCUGCCUUUAGAGGCUAUUCCCAGCAAGAUGCACAAGAAUUUCUCUGUGAGUUUCUAGACAAGGUACAGCAAGAACUUGAGACUACUGGAGCACUACAGCCCAGCAGUGUCCCAGCAACUCAAAGGGAAUUAAUCAAGCAAGUCCUUAAUGUUGUCAACACCAUCUUUCAUGGACAGCUACUUAGUCAGGUUACCUGUCUGUCCUGUGACAAUAAAUCCAACACAAUAGAGCCAUUCUGGGACUUGUCACUGGAAUUUCCAGAGCGGUAUCACUUCAAUGGGAAAGAAACAGCUUCACAACGUCCCUGCCUACUGACAGAAAUGUUAGCAAAAUUUACAGAAACUGAAGCAUUGGAAGGAAAGAUUUAUGCAUGUGAUCAGUGCAACAGUAAACGGAGAAAAUUUUCUUCAAAACCAGUCAUUUUGACUGAAGCACAGAAGCAGCUAAUGGUGCACAGGUUGCCUCAGGUUUUACGGCUGCAUCUUAAACGCUUCAGGUGGUCAGGACGUAAUCACAGAGAGAAAAUUGGAGUUCAUGUUGACUUUGACCAGAUAUUAAACGUGGAACCCUACUCUUGUAGAGAUUCAUCUGGAACCCUCAGGCCAGACUCUUUUAUAUAUGAUUUAUCAGCUGUUGUGAUGCAUCAUGGGAAAGGAUUUGGCUCGGGGCACUACACAUCAUACUGCUAUAAUACAGAAGGAGGAUUCUGGGUACAUUGCAAUGACUCAAAAUUAAAUAUCUGCACUGUGGAUGAAGUGUGCAAGGCGCAGGCCUACAUCCUUUUUUACACGCAGCGCUUUUCUCAGGAGAAAGCACAGUCUCGUUAAUCACUGGGGAAAUUAUCCAGCAGCGUAACACCAGCAUUGCAUUGGAAAGGGUAACCCUUCCCUUUAAAACAUCAGCACAGCCAAAGGCAUUUUCGUCUUUGCCUCUCUUUCUUGUCUUUUUUAAAAGUUUGUGAAUAGGAACCUUUUUUAUGUACAAUUGAAAUGUUUUUACGUUUCCUUCCUAUGUGAAUUAGUGUACAGAAUGUUUUUGUAAUAAAAUGUUUUUAAAUUUUGUUGGAAAAGUAAUAGUGUGUAUAAAAAUGUUAAUUGAUUUUAAUGGAAUCACAGAUAAAGACCUCACUUUUUUGUAUAUUGCAUCUUUUAGACAAUGUUGUCCAAAAGUGUUUUCUUUUUUGAAGUGUUAAGUUUCUGUUGCAAACUUCCUUUUACAGUACCACUCUCAUUAAGAGAUUUGUAAUGUCUCCAGCAACUUACCUUUCAGAUCAGUUUCAGUGACUGUGCACUUCUGUAUUCAGAGGAGCUUAGGAAUGUAGGUUAUGUUUUAAUAGCCCCUUUUAGAAUGUACUUAGAAUAAUGAUCUUACAGUUUGGCUGCACUGCCGAGAUUUAAGAUGAAAAUGGGUGACAUUUACUGUGAUGUAUUUUAACAAAGAGCAACACCAUUUUUAUAUGUUUAAAAUGUUUUACAGUCCAUCAAAUGACUUUUGACAAGCUUAGGAAAAUGUUGAUACAAGACCAACAACUUUGUACUGAUGUAACUAAAGAACCAUUUAAGGGGAAAGAGCAACCAAGAUAUAAACUUUCUGAUUAUGUGAAACUGCUUUUAAAGGUCAGUUACAUAGCUGUCUUGCAAGAGACCCACCCCAUUGUGCUUUAAUUACAGUUAUUCAUUUUGUUUUCUAGUUCAGCCUUACUUUUUUCAGUUAGCCACAAAAUAGCUCAUAAUCCAACAGUUUAACACGCAUGGUAGAGGUAGUAGGACCACCAUCUGAAUGUGUAGGUUCAGGGGCAUUCUGCAGACCAAAGAUGUAGUCUGCUUUGGUAGUACAGAAUAUAACUGUAAAAUCAAAUGUGUCAGAUGUGGUGUCAUAGUGAUCGCUGUCUGUCUUACAAAUGAUAGCCUUGGGGCUUUGCAGAGCUCCGAUGUGAUAUGAUAAGUUCUGCUUUCGUAUUUAGCUGUCAAGCCAGCAUACAUCACAUGUCUUGAGCUGGUUCCCCACGUGAGGACAGGCUGCAGGGCACUUUGUGGAUUUUGAGAUAACAGCAUUCAGUUGCUAACUUCUGUGCAACUGCUUUACAGCACCCAAAGGUGUUUUAAUCAGAUAUGUAUCGAUUUCACUUUUUUUCUACAUUUUUUUUCUGGGUGAAUCCUUUCUUGGCCUUUUAUCCUUCACCCGGGGCCUCUGCAUUUUAUUUGUGCUUGUUACUUCAUCAAAGCAAAAAAGUACUUGCCAUUAAUCCAAAUUGUUUAAUACUCCUAAUAAAGUUUUUAGUUCAUCCAUAUUAAUCGUUUUACAUGUAUGCAAAAAUCCUAGCAGAAUAGUCCGGUGGAGAGAGAAUACGUGAAUCCUUCCUUCAUGCAUUAAUUUAAACUAAACUAUGAUCUGAUCUUCAUCUGUGUCCUAAUAAGUUAGAAAGUGAAUCUGAUAAAAAACACACACAAGAAAAAUAAUUUAUGCAUUGAUACAUUAACGUCCCAUUUUUGGACCCUUAGGUUCACUAAAUGUUUGACACCAUCUUUAGUAGUAAUAACACCAACCACACGUUUCGUGAACCUGUUGAUAAUUUCUCUUGGCAGCUAAACAGCUAUUUUGACCCAUUUGUUUUAAAUCGAACUGCACAAAUCACCUUAUGCCAUAAUGUGUUAGCUGGUGUAUGGUCAUUAAUUUGUAUCAAAUUUCUUAUACCGUGGAACCUUAGGUCACGAACGUCUCGGACCACGUACAGAUCGGGUUACAACCAAAAAGUUUGCCAAACUUUUGCAUCUGUUCACGACCACACACUCGGGUGAUGAACAAGCCAGUUUCCCUUCUGGUUCGUAUGCGCCGAUGAUUUCCGCAUGUGUUCAGUCUUUCCCUGUGCAGCGAGCGAGUGAGAGAGAGAGAGCGAGCGAGACAGCCCAAGCAGAAGAAGUAAGUAAACAUUUAGUUUACUAUUACACUGUGCAUUCUAUGGUAUGAUUAACUAUUUUUGUGCUUAAAAAUCUUUUAAAAAAUAUAUAUUUACAUACAGCUCGUACGGUCCGGAACGGAUUAAUUGUAUUUACAUACAAUCCUAUGGGGGAAAUUACUUCGGGUCACGACCAAAUCGGGUUGCAACCAGAGUUUUGGAACGAAUUACGGUCGUGACCCGAGGUUCCACUGUAUGUUGAGGAUCAUUAUUGCGGUGUAAAUCGCACAUUCUGUUAAGCCUCAGAUCACAGACAGGUACUCCCCUAUAGACAUGGGUAACAGAAUCCACAGUGAUUACUAACCACUUGGGUAUUGAGGUUGCAAAUUUAUCCUCGGGCCAUUUAUAGAUCAAUGUCUAGUGAGUGGGAUGACGACGGGUAGUCAUCGACUUUAUGACCUAUGUGUCUUAAAACUGCUACCGUGUCUCACGGGCAAACAACAGUAUUCGCCCGCCAGCUUUGUAUGCUGUGACUCGUUCAUCUCGAUCUCAGUUUAUCACCUACAGUGGUCUUAACUACUUUCAGUUACAUUUGUCUUACAAUUACAGGAGAAAAGGCAAUUGAUCGUGACCCAAAAAUGAAGGUGAUCAAGCAGUUUGAGAGAGGAAAGAAAGCGAAUGCAAUCGCAUGUGACUUUAAGUUAUUCCAUCGUAACCGGUGUUUACUGCACACGCUGUACUGCUGCACUUUGGGUUUGAAUCCAGUUAACCUCCAAAGCUUCUGCAUUUUACUUACAAUGUGCCGAUUCAAACAAACUGCCACGAAGGGGCAAUGAAACCUCGCUGAACUCCUUUAUCUGUUAACGUUUAUUAUUAAGAGGCCAAAAUGUUAAAACAGAAAACAUUUGAGUGCUCAAACUCUUCCGGUACAAUUCCUCCUCUCAGAGUUAACACAGUGAACCCUGGGAGAAGCUUACACUGAUGACAUAACAUAACGCAGACAAAAAGAAGCAGUGAAGCUGUUAAAAGUUCAGCACCCAACCAGGCAACAGUAAUAAUGAAACAAAAUGAUAAAACAAAGAAAUAAUUUACAAAAAGGAAUAGAAAAUCUGUACAAUAUGCUAAGAAUGAUGAUAAAAAAGAUAUAAAACAAACAAUAUAACUUAAGGGACAGUACUACACAUAUGGUCAGGUUUGAACACAUAAACCGGUGUGUCUUGUGUCCAGAUGGACUUACAAGCAGGUCUUUCAGAACCUAAAUGUGGUCAGAAGUCGACGACUACCUGUACUUAGUUAGAUCAGACCCCCACAAACGGACAUAACAGUAAUAUUUUCUGCCACAUGAUGCUCCUUCACAUAACAAACUAAUCAGUUUAAAACUCAAUAUGUUAAAUUCCCCAUAUCCGUCAAAUCACUAAUUAAAUUUAGUAUUUCAGUGUUUUCCUUACAAGGAAGACAUGAGCUCUGGCAUUAACCCAAUGCAUGGGAGGUCUGCACAUCCUUGGACCCGCUGACAUAGCUAGUGUGAGAUGGGGUAUGAUGGAUUGCACUAGAGAUCAGUAAAAUAGCCUUUUAUAUUAAUAGUUCUGGGUUGUUGUGUGUGUGUGUGUGUGUGUCUGGUUUUUUUUUUUUGCCCCUUCCUCAAAAAAUAUUUGGGAUUUUUUUCUUUUCCCCAUUUACCCCUGCGGACUUGUACUUUAUUCUCAUUGAUUUGAGCUUGUGUCUCUGAUUGCUGAGAUGACCAUUGUAUAGUGGUACUGCGCACAUCCUCUUUCCAGCAGACACAGUGAAAGUCGGCUGGAUGUGUUCAAUAUAAAUAUGACAAUAUCUGCUUUUUGGGCAUUGUUGGUUUAGUCCGAUUGAUUAUUGUCCUCUUUUGAUAGGAAGGGUCACGUUCAGUCAGUCACCAGAAUACCUGACAUUCUAAAGGGUUCACAAACGUGUUCACAACACGUCUUUUAUUUUUACACUUGAACGUGUUGCUGAAACAGUUUUGGUGCAAGUAGCUAUAUGUUUAUACCCUUUUAUUGACUUUCUGCUUUUACAAGACAUGCAGAUUUACACGUUAUAAAGACGAUCCUCGUGUGUUUUUGUUGGAACUUUAAUCAGACGAGCUUCCAGCUCAAUGCUGGGUGCCAUACACUUCACAAAUGUCGCUGUCCCACACAGUGCUAACUCUGCCUCUGUUACUGGGGGGAACCCUUUGUAUUGAAGUGACUGAUGGGUAUUCCGGCUUCCUUAAAGUUUACAGUGUGCAUUUACACAAGUGCAAAAACUAUCCCUUUAAAGUUCCGGGGGUGUCCAACUCCGGUCCUGGUGGGCCGCAGUGGCUGCAGGUUUUCAUUCUAACCCCUUUUCUGAUCAGUGAGCAGUUUUCAUUGCUAAUUAACAUCUUUUCCCUUCAUUUUCAUAGCCCUCUUUUUAAGGAUUCUUCAUUAGAUGGCAGCCAAACAGAAAUGAGAUGUGAAACGAGCCAACAGAUGACCAACUAAUUGGAACGUCAAACCCCAGCCAGUUUCACUCCAACCAGUUUCUUAAUGAGAAGCCAAUUGCUGCUGUUAAUUAAAACCGUUAUUGAAUAUCAUGACUUGUUGCUGCUCUCAUUCUGCCACAGUAGACUGCUGAUUUUCUGUUUUUUCUAAGACCACCAUCAAGAUGUUUUGGUGACCAACAUGACUGAUACCUUCACCUUUCUUUAUUUUCAUGUUAACUUGUCAUGUGGCAUCUUGUUUUGUGUCUCAUUAUUGUUUGGCUGCUCAUUAAAAAAAAAGAAACAACUAAGGGGUCUGAGUCACGUCAAUUAAAACUAAGCAAAACAAGUUAAUUGGCAGCAAAAAUGGCUCACUAAUUAAGAAGAUGGUUACAAUGAAAACCAGCAGCCACUGCAGCCCACCAGGACCAGAGUUGGACACCUAUGCUUUAAACCAUUUUGAGCUCUUUGUUUAUGUAUUUUUAUUUAAACGUUACACCAUACAUCUCUUCUCUCUCUUUCUCUGUCUGUCUUGUGUUCAUUUUUCUGUUUAAGCUAGUGUGAAGCCAGACAGACAGCAUCAGACACAAAGCAGGAACCAAAUGACAGGCCUGUGUCUGCACUCACACACUCGGACUUGGUCAGUUUAGAAUUCUCCAAUAGCCUAAGAUGUAAGAAAAACUGCAUAGACAAUGAGCCACAUAACCACAGGAAGCCCAUGCAAACUCCACACAGAUAGCAAUAAGUCUGAGAAGUAAACCCAGGAUUCUGGAUCUGUGAGGCAGCAGCAUGAAUCUCUCUGUCAGGGUACUGUCCACAUUUCCUAAGUAACUGAAGAUGUGUUUUAGUUAAACGUGAUAACUAUGAACCCUUUAUUAUCAGGUCUGUUCCAUCCAUGAAAUGUGACGUGCUGAAUCCAUCACUCUUAUCAACCGAAUGCCAUACUUUGUAAAGUAGGUUUAGAUGUGUUCAAGGUUUACAGCAGAGUAGGAAAUGCACAAAGCAUAAUAAUGGUGCCAACAAACUGGGCAGAUUAAAAAAAUAUCUAUAUUAAAACUCAACCCCUUAAUCUCUGAAAAGACUAAAGGACAUAUGAUAAGGUGUGAUCUAUCUAUUACAAAUACAGCAUUAAUUAAAGAUUGCUGCAUCAAUUUGCUAAACUGCAAACAGCAUAAGUAAUGCGCGUCUUUAUGCUUUAAACUGCUUACAUACAAUUAGUGAAAUCUGCUCGUGGAGUUUAAAUGUUGGUUGGCUGUUCGGUUUACGCCAGUUCGGUUCUCAUCUCCAUUUCAGAGCCCACUGUUAAAUUACUCAUGGCGCUUGUUCUUAUGUUAAUGUUGAUUUUGUUGUUGUUCCCCGACACAAAUAAAGUGAGACACCUAAACUUUAAGACAUUAUCGAAACCACUUAGUCCAAUUCAGGGUGACAGGGGAUUGAAGAUUAACGUUCAUCCAUCCAUCCAUCCGCCACGCCACCCAUGUAAUGGCUUGGGCACCAGGCAGGACACAACGCUGGUUGGGGUCCCAACAAAGUUAUAGGAAAUUUUACAUGUUGUGUCAUUUGAUUUGUUGUGAAUGCAUAUUGCAUUUGCGAAUGUUUGGCGAGUCCCCACCUGGCCGUUGGUGUGUUUGCCUAUGUUGGUAAACCGCUGAAGUGUUGUCGUUCUUUUUCAUUUGAUCUGGAAGGAGGAAGCCCAUGUUUAGCACUUGGACGACGCCAUAAUCCAAGUUACAAGAAACACUGCAGGGAUUUUCUCUUCUCUGUUAAAAGGACUGAAUGUUGAAAACCUGGUACGUAUCUUCAUUGUCUGCUUGUGCAAUACACUUUUCUUUUUUUUGAUGAACAUUUUUUAUUUUUGGUUUCAUAGAGAUGAACAGUUUUUAGCUUUUGUUUAACAGAAAUUAAAGGAUUUUGGAAAAUAUUUUUGUAAGCAGCAACUCUUGGUAAAAUAUGUUCAGUUUUUAUAAAAUGUUUUAAAAAGUAAAAAAAAAAUUAAAAAGUCGAGGCAGGUUAAUUGAUUUGCUGGAUGUAUUUGACCUUUACGAUUUGCUUUUGUUCUUCCAAAAUUGCUGUAUUGUACAAACUCGCAGUCAGACUACAAAGGAAGUCAAUCUGUUAGUUCAGAACACUGAAGUCGAAGCAGCAGACUUGACUUGUGACAUGCUUGAUUUAAAACAAAAAUAAUUAUGAUUCAGUGUUCUGUAGCCUGUUUUGUCUUGAAUAUUUUUUUUGUCCAAUGUAAAUUUCUGAAAAUACUAUGCAAAUUGUUACCUCAUUUUUUUUUUCUUUUUUGAUAAUUGUACCUCAAUAAAAAGAAAGUUGUUUUACAGUACAAAGCUUUUGAUUCUCUUU